AUCCUUUUCUGUAGUUUUGAGCUAAUCUCUGUGGCGUAACAAAAUAUAUGAUAUGCAUAUAAUUAGGGCUAUUUCGUGCCAAAGAACUUCUUCUCUGAAUUUUUCCAUUGUUGAUUACCCAACAGGAAGUUGCACAAACUGGGCAAAUUUUGAUUUAUUUAUAUCUUUUCUCAGAAGACUUGCAGCACACUCACUGUAAAUAUGUCAGACAUCCAGGAAGAGGAACUACCAGAACCACACACAGGUCCCAAAGGAGUCAUUCAUGACUGGAGGAAAUUUAAGCUAGAAAGUGAGGACCAUGAGAGUACACCACAGAAGCGGAGAGAGCUGCUCAGACAGAUGUCUAACCCCAAGGCUAACAACGAUGAUAACCAAGAAAGAAUUAACCGCAAGAUGAGUGUUCAGGAGUAUGAGAUGAUCCAGGAGGAGGAUGAACGAUGUCUGAGGAAAUACCGCAGGCAAUGCAUGCAGGAAAUGCAUGACCGCUUGAGCUUCGGACCCAAGUUCGACAGCGUCUUCGAGCUGGAAAGCAGUGAAGCCUUCCUCAAGGUCAUCGAGAAGGAGCACCGGCUGACGUUGAUCAUUGUGCACAUCUAUGACGAUGCUAUCAAAGGCUGUGACGCUCUCAACAACUGCCUCAACAGUCUAGCGAUCGAGUACCCCAGCGUGAAGUUUUGUCGAAUCCGGGCAUCUGUCACAGGUGCAGGAGAAAGGUUCUCCGAUGAUGUUCUACCCACUGUACUGGUAUAUAAGGCUGGAGAAAUGCUGGGAAACUUCAUUUGUGUUACCAAGCACCUCAAUGAGGAGUUCUUCGCUACUGAUGUGGAGAACUUUCUCAAUGAGUAUGGCUUGUUGCCAGAGAAGGAAUUUGCUGCCUGCCCUGAUGAUGAUGAAGAGCUUGGGGUGGAAUAAUCUAGAAAGAUCAUACUAGUGGUGAAAAGCCAUAGUAGAAGAUCCAUGGUCAAUGUUUGGGACCAAGCAUACAGAGGGGCGAUAAGUUUGCCAUGUAUAGAUGCUCAUUAAGUCACAUGCUCUAAUCAUAUUCGCAUCCCACUGCAGUUACUAUGCCCUGUACUAGAAACAUGUGGAAUAAGGUGAUGUUUAAACACACUUCAAUUAACCAAUGCAAGAUGUUUCUUAUCAGUAACUGACCAAGACUCUUCUGGCACCAUAGAGUAAAUAAAUAAAUAAUAAUGACUGUAUAGCCCAUCUAACUCAUAGGGUAUUUCUAACAUUUAUAAGGGACUAACCUGAACAGCUACCUUUUAACGUUUACCCAUUAGUGCUAAAACCAGUGUAAACAAAUAACAUCAAUUUGAAGUGGUUACGUUUUGCUCCGUAGUGGCGCUUCAUGUUACCGCUUUUGAUUAGUACCAUGGGCAUGGUCUGUUAUCAUUGUCAACAUUUCUUUCUUUUUUU